GAGAAAUCUCGGUGGAGGGCACCGGGCGCCGGGAGAUUGCUGGGCGGGGUGGUUGUGGUGCUUGCUGCUCGCUACGCCCCGAUCAGCUAGACCGAGAGGAGUGACCGGGCCCGGAGCGUGGCGCGGCUGAAUGCGACCUGCACCGGUCCAGCCCAGACUUACUUCAGUCUCUUCUAGAAGCAAGAUCCAGAAGUGAGCGGGACCCGGAUGACGGUCUACCUGGUGGCUUGGAGUCCUGCAUGACCAAAGGUCUGGUCUCUGAGGAAGACAAACCCUACCAGGGAACAGAGACCGCCCCGCCCCCAAGCUAAGGGCACAAUGGCAGCCUCUGCCCCCUUGAGGAGCCUGGAGGAAGAGGUGACCUGCUCCAUCUGCCUGGAUUAUCUGAGGGACCCGGUGACCAUCGACUGUGGCCAUGUCUUCUGCCGCAGCUGCACAGGUGAUAUCCGCCCCAUAUCCGGGAGCCGCCCAGUCUGUCCGCUCUGCAAGAAGCCCUUCAAGAAGGAGAACAUCCGGCCCGUGUGGCAGCUCGCCAGUCUGGUGGAGAACAUUGAGCGGCUGAAGGUGGACUCUGGCAGGCAGCCGGGAGAGCUGGCCCGAGAGCCGCAGGACAUGAAGCUGUGUGAGCGGCACCAGGAAAAGCUGCACUACUACUGUGAAGACGACGGCAAGCUGCUGUGUGUGAUGUGCCGUGAGUCCCGCGAGCACAGACCCCACACGGCCAUCCUGGUGGAGAAGGCUGCCCUGCCUCACAGAGAGAAAAUCCUGAACCACCUGAACACCCUAAGGAGAGACAGAGAAAAAAUUCAGGGCUUUCAGGCCAAGGGAGAAGCUGAUAUUCUGGCUGCGCUGACGAAGCUGCAGGAGCAGAGGCAGUACAUUGUGGCGGAGUUUAAGCAAGGCCACCAGUUUCUAAAGAAGCGGGAGCAGCACCUGCUAGACCAGCUGGCCACCCUGGAGCAGCUCCUCACCGAGGGCAGGGAGAAGUUUAAGACCCGGGGCGUCAGUGAGCUUGGCCGGUUGACUCUUGUCAUCUCCGAGCUGGAAGGCAAGGCACGGCAGCCUGCUGCGGAGCUAAUGCAGGAUGCCUGCUCUACACAGGACAGCAAGGACUUUGCCAACAGGUACCCACGGAAGAAGUUCUGGAUUGGGAAAGCCAUCCCUCACAUGGUUAAGAGGAAGGCAGGAGAAUUCUCAGAUAAACUUCUCUCUCUGCAGCGAGGCCUGAGGCAGUUCCAGGGCAAGCUGCUGAGAGACUUGGAGUAUAAGACUGUGAGUGUCACCCUGGACCCACAGUCGGCUAGCGGCUACCUGCAGCUCUCACAAGACUGGAAGUGCGUGACCUAUACCAGCCAGUACCAGAGUGAUUGCCUGCACCCCCAGCAGUUUGACUGUGAGCCAGGGGUGUUGGGCAGCAAGGGCUUCACCUGGGGCAAGGUGUACUGGGAAGUGGAGUUGGAACGAGAAGGCUGGUCAGAGGAUGAGGAGGAGGGGGAAGAAGAAGAAGAAGGGGAAGAGGAGGAAGAAGAUGAGGAAGCUGGCUAUGGGGAUGGAUAUGAAGACUGGGAAACAGAUGAGGAUGAAGAAUCACUAGGGGAGGAAGAGGAGGAGGAAGAGGAAGAGGAGGAGGAAGUUCUGGAAAGCUGCAUGGUGGGAGUGGCCAAAGACUCUAUGAAGAGGAAAGGGGACCUGUCCCUGCGGCCAGAGGAUGGUGUGUGGGCCCUUCGGCUCUCCUCCUCAGGCAUCUGGGCCAACACGAGCCCCGAGGCCCAGCUCUUCCCAGUGCUGCGGCCCCGGAGAGUGGGCAUCGCCCUGGAUUAUGAAGGGGGCACCGUGACGUUCACCAAUGCAGAGUCACAGGAACUCAUUUACACCUUCACCGCCACCUUCACCCGGCGUCUGGUUCCCUUCCUGUGGCUCAAGUGGCCAGGAACACGCCUCACGCUGAGACCCUGAAUUCCAGAACCUGCCUAGGCUAUACAACAGAAUCUGCAGUUCUCUGAGAUUCAAGGACUCUUGAGAUGAAGAAGGGUUGCCUGGAUCCCAUACCUCUGGAAGCUUCCUUUCUGUGGGAUCCCAAAACUGUGUGAUGGAGGAACAUUCUUGGCCAGAGCAGCAGGAGGAGGAGAGCUGAGGGGCGUCACAUCCAAUCGCGCCCGUGCCCCUACUGCCAUGGCCAAGCUCUUUCGGCACUGUCUGUAUUUCUUGUUCUAAUUUCUCGCCCCCUGCCCAUUCCUCUGGGAUCUCCUGCUCUGAAGACCAAAUGACCCCCUCCAUCCUGAGCAUCCAUUUGUCUUGACUCUGUUCUCUGUUGAGUAGGGGCAGCAUCAGCGUCAUUUUCUGGUUCAGUUGUUCAGUGCUACUAGGUAUUGAGUGACAUCUGAAACCUUUUUGCUGUCCUCAGAUUUGAGGUUCCUCUUCCCAAACCGUUCUUGCCUACCUUCCCUGGCUUCUUAACCUCACUUUUCCUACCCCACUAGAGUUAAGUAUCUGAAGAAACGAGAAUGAACAUAGUCCAGACCCACUCAAGUUUCCAAGGCUGUGUGAGUUUGUGUCCUGAGUGCUGGUGGAUCAUCCCCUGGUGUAGUUAGCAGAGCUCAUCGCCUCCAAACCCAGACCUGAGCAGGUGGGACUCCCCAGGGCCAUCUGUGUCUCCGAAAGCAUCUAGGUACCGUGACUCACGCAGCAACUGUGGUUAAUAAAUUACCUCUGCAGAGUAGUCCUUGUGAAGGGAGUUUCCACAACAAUCCCAACAUCUCGCUCUUGAUCACUGAGGUCAGAACUACCCCUGCCUCGGGGUCUCCAGCUAGUGUCUCUGGACAGCUUUAAGUCUCUGUUGUUGGCACCAAGUAGUGUCCAGAGUCAGUCUUAGGAGCUGGAUUGGAGAGGGAAGACAGGAUCAUGAGGAAUCUACUGUUAGGGGUCUUACUGUGAGGGGCACUUGUGCCAUGUCCCCUGAUGACCCAACACCAGCACCUUUGUCCAGUCACCAUUGUCCACAGCUAGCCAACACGAUGCCCUUCUUUUUAUCCUUAAACAUUCCACAUUUCCUCUUCCUGUUCGACUGUUCAGCUCCUCUUUGCUCUUGAGAGACUGCUCCCAGACACUCAGUCUUGGUGACCGCAGAGUCACCACUGUCUCAAGACCGAACACUUUGUAUCACAUGCUGCCUGAGCCACUAGUAACGUCCGGUGGCUCCCUCGCCACCUUUUACUUCCUGGAAUUAAUCAUCUUCUCUUCCUUCUCUUUUAAUUCAUUUCUUGUGUCUUUAUGACUAAAUAAACUACAAGUUCUUUUCAAUGGUCAGAAAUCUCAAGACAGUCCUCUGGUGCUGUCUCCAGCUUUAUCUUGAUGCCUCUGAAGUGACCUUGAACCCGAGUCAUUGAUUGCCCCCUCUGUGCACAGCUUUUUAGAUCCCCUUUUGUUAUUAGACUGGGAAGUUCCGGGAUUUUUCCCCCAAGGCCUCUAGCCCAGGCUAGCCACAGUCUCCUUAGGUGGCUGAAGAUGGUCUUAAUCUUACAGCCUCUACCUUCUAAAUUCUGAGAUUUCAGGUAGGUGCCACUAUGCCUAGUUUAUACAGUGCAGGGGACUGAACCCAGGGUCUCAUGUAUCUUAGGCAAGCACUUCCUCAGCUGCAUCCCCAACCAUGGUUCUGGGCCCUGUGUUUUCUCUCUCCGUUUACUGUGUUUUGUUCACACAUUAUCUAAAACUUCCUGAGGUGAGUGUGGAAGUUGAAUUUUUUUUUUUCUUUUUAAAUCUUCAGUAUCUGGAACUGUUUGUCUCACUUGUACACUGAAGGGAUUCUCUAUAGGAUUAUUCAAAAUAGUUUUCCAUCAGAGUGUCGGAUCACUGCCUUAAGCUCCUGUCGUUCAGAAUUCCCAUGGGGCACUCUGCCUCGUGACCUUUCUCAGUGGCCCGUUUCUGUUUUACAGAGGGAUCUGAAAGUCUUAUCUGUAUCUUUACUCCAUGUACUAGCACAUUACACUCUGAAUGGUACAUUUGAAUUCUCACACGCAUGCGUGCACACACACAUGGAACUUAUAUACAUACAUAAAAUUAAGGGACUGGACAGGAUCUCAAUAUGUAACCCUCCGUAGCCUGGAACUCACCAUGUAGACAUGGCUAGCCUCAGAUUCUGGGUGAGAUUUAAAGGCUUAUAUGCUGUUGCACCUAGGGAAAGGAAAAAUUGUUUUACAGGCAUCCGAGGCAACCUAGAAAAAGGUUUAUCUUGACUCAGAGUUCCAAAGGUGCAGCCCAUGAUCAUCGGUCUCAGCGCUUUUGGCGUCUGUCAUCAACAUAUCCUGGCAGGCAUGCUCGACAGAGUCACAUCUCAUCAGUUGGGAGACAGUGAACCAGGCUCCCAUAGUCCCCUUCCAGAGCACAGCCCACCCUGGGAACCAGUCAUUUCACAGAGGAUCGUUCAGAGGCCUUGACCAUCAGAACUGUAGACUCUUGCCUGUCCUAGCUCGAACUUGUCACAAUAGAUAGAUUAGACACAAAACACAUAGGCCUGUGGGUAACAAACUUUAUUAAGACAUUGAAGACCUGUACAAAUGACCUGAAAGGGCUUUGGGGUCCAUCCAGAGUUGAUGAGGCCCCGAAGCAUAUCUAGUUUUUGUGUCCAAAAGCCACUAUAAAUUAAUGCAAGCCGAACGAGUACUGGCUUCCCUACACUGAUCACUUUGAAGCUUUUACAGGUUUUUGUUUGUUUUUUCCCUUCUGAAUCCUGUUGCCUCAUAGCUUACUGGUGCCUAGGGUGUAGCCUUCCUUGCCUGCCACUGGCUCUUCACUCGAAUAGGACUGCAGGAAGCCGAGUGUACUCAACACAGAUUAAAAACCGCUGUACAAGACUCCCAGAUAAAUUCCAAUCCCACUUUUGAAGGCUAGCGACAGAGCUGGGUUCCAGGCUGCUGGUGUUUUUGCCACACUUCCUGACUCCACCUCGGUCAUUCAAAGCCAGGCAGGAACUUGUUUUCCAGGUGAGGUAGGAAUAAAGAGAGAGGACCAUUGGUGCUCUGCUUUGGAAUGUUUGCAAGGUAGUCCAAGGCCAUGUCUGCACAGUGAAGGACAGCUGUGUCCCCCAGUUCAGGACAGGUGGGUGCUGCCCGGCUGGAGCAAGAGCCUCAAGAGCAUUCAGUCACUGUCCUUGGUAUCUAGGGCCUGCUCGCCCACAUCCUGGCCACCUCGGCGCCCACUCCUGUGGUGCAGUUGACAUCCAGGCUCAGGUUUGUAGUCUGAGGGUUCAGAGUGACCUCAUAUACGCACUUCCAGGAUGGUGUAUCGUCCAUGCUGCCUGCUUCUUAGGCCUCUAUUUCUGGAGGACAGAUGUGACAAAUCUGCCUGAGAAUUUGCUUCUUAUUAAAGUGAGUUGGCCAGGCUACAGUGCAGUGCCUGGGACCUCGUAAAAAGACACUGAAUCUUGAGCCCCACCAUAGGCCACCCAAACAAGAGCCUGUAUUUUAACCAGGUGUCUGGAUGGCGUUUCUACACUAAGUUAAAGAAGUAGGGAUCGAUGUAAGAACAGGCAGGUGCAUGUGGGAACAAUUAAGCUCCAAUUUGAAAGUAAAUGUUAUUUUUGUUCCUCCCUCUCCCCUCUCAGCACCUUUUUUGUGGUACUGGGACUUUAUGCAUUCUAGGCAAGCAAGCUCUAGUAGAAAGUUAUUAGUACAGCCCUAGAGCCCACCCCACCCCCAGAAAGAGUGUCAGUAGCUAAGGCUGGCCUGGAACUAACUCAGAAGCUCAGGCUGACCUCGAACUUGUAGGAGUCAAUCUGAUUGCCUCUAGUUCUGGAGUUGUAGCCGUGUGCCACCACCCCCAGCAAAAUGCUAGUUUUUAAAAAAUAUACAAUAUUAGUUCAAAUUUACAGCGAUUGUAGCAUAAUUCUAGGCAAAACUCGGGGCUUAGUACAUAUUUUGAAUGACUACAUAGGUAACUGACAACAUUCAUCAAUCACUGUGCCCAGUACUGUGCUGAGCUCUUUGUACACAUUAAUUUAUUUAAUCCUCAUGGAUUCAUAGUGUAGAUUGUUAUUGUUUACAUUUUAUGGUGUAGAGAAAAGGCUUAAUAGUCCCGAGACCCCAAGCAGUCAAGGUCCAGUGAGCACAUUUCAUUGCUGUGUGUGGCCGUGGGUGCAAUGGAUAAGUGGGGUAGAGCCCCCUCCCCAGCCCUUGCUGAUUACCUGAAUCUGUUUCCAAAUGGUGCGUCAAGUUUUCUGAGGAAAGAAGAAAGAGAAAGAUCUGUGAGACUUGCUAUCUCUUACAAGUACUUCCAAGGGGAGGAUGUCCUGGCUACCGUGUGAGGGCAAGGACAGAAGAGAAAUUGCCUCAUUUUCCUGGACUCUCAGCUCAGUGUCUCUGUCCUUAUUCCCUCAGUAGAGCGGGGUCUUGUGGGAAGUUCUGGGGGAGAAAAGAUGCUUAACCCAAGCUGUUGGCUGAUUUUUGUUUGAGUUUCACUGUGUAGUCCAGGCUGGCCUGAAACUUGAGAUCCUCCUGCCUCAGUCUCCCUGGUGCUAACAUUACAGGCCUGCUUGGAGGUUUGAACCGGGUUUAGAAGAUGGGGAAAGAUAGAGACAGAUGGAAGGGUGGAAGAUUCCCUUUACCUGAGAAUGUCCUCAUCAUCUUUGGGAGGCCAAGUAUUUUCCUGUGGAGGUUUCGGAUUUUCUUAGCAAGAUCAGAGGAAAUGGCCUCUGGACUUACAAAAGUCUUUGUCUCAUACCUGCAAACAAGUUGGAAAUCAAACUUAAAUUCUACAA